UCAUCGGUGAAGGACUAUUACAGGCUGCAUGCAUGCAUGACAACAAAGAGUUUGUACUUGACAAACUAAUCUCAUAACGAACUGUUCAUAUCAAACAUAUUAAACUAAACAAGUUGCUUAUAAGACAACAUGGUAGAUGUCUAGGUCUCUAGGAGACGGCUUUCCCUCCCUCUCUUCUUCCUACGAGCUUCCUCCUACCUUCCUCUCUUUCUCUCUCCACCUCCCAUACCAAAACCUUACUCUACAUAAACAAAAUUCCAAGGCCUUUUAAAGGAGAAGGGGAGAGAGAGAGAGAGCAGAAGUAGUAAGUGAAGCGAUGGAGGUGGUGGUGCCUGUCAUGGCGCCAAGUGCACCGUGCAGCCCAAGAACUGCGGCCAUCGCCGGCGCCAACCACAUCCCCGGCUACUGCGGCUACUUCUUCUCCAGCGCCCCGACGAGCCCGUCCAGGGCGAGCUACGCCGGGGACGCUUCGACGGGCGGCACCGGCGGCGACGGCGAGGCAACGUUUGACUUCACUCUGGGGUUCAGCGGGCAGCUGCAAGAGUCCACGCCGAUCCUCGCCGCCGCCGACGAGCUCUUCGAGGGAGGCAAGAUCCGGCCGCUGAACACGCCGCACACGAGCAUUCUGCUGGUCGACGACACCUCCUCUUCUUUCUCGUGCCCUCGGUCCCUGAGAAGAGCCGGGGCGCGCGGAGGGGGUCAAGAGGAGGCGUCGGAGAGGGGCAGGUCGGGCAGGCCCGCUGCCCCUAUCUCGACCGCGACGUUGAGGAGCAGGAGAGACACACGGUCUCUCUCACCGUUCAGGGGGGGCGGCGGCGGCGGCGGCGGCGGCGGCGGCGACGACGAGUUCCCGUCCUCGCCUCCGUCUCCAAGAAGCUCUAUGAUGCGAGGCUGCGGCAGCGGGAACAAGAAAUGGAGGCUCAAGGACUUCUUCCUCUUCCGGAGCGCGUCGGAGGGCCGCGCCACCGGAGGCGGGAGCAAGGACCCGCUCUUCAAGUACACCAUGCUGUCCUCGUCGUUCGCACACCCUCAGAAGCCGAAGAGCGGCGACGGCAGCGCGUCCAUGCGGAAGGGGAGAGGUUCGACAGCGUCGGCUAGCGACAUGCCGUACACGGUGAACCGGGCUGCCGCCGAGGACAUGCGGCGGCGGACGACGACUCCGCUGCCGUUCCACCGGAACAGCCUGUUCGGCUACCUGAGGUCCAACCCGGCGAUCCACAGCAUCAGCAGGAAGCUGGGCAGCCACUCCUCUAAUCGCGGCAGGCCGACAUGAUCCAUACACAUCAACGCAUUCACGAACGACGCCGUCUCGAAAUCUUGAUGGCGCCGCAGAGGUGGCCGGAGAAGCGUCGCCGUUUUACUUGUCCAUUUUUUUGUUACUUUCACAGCGUAUUCUUUCAUUUCCUGUGAACACCACAAGGUUUUCAUACUAGUGUAGAUAUGUACGUACAUGGUAUGCUCAAUGUUUUUUGGACAAAAAAAAUAUCAGUAUAUUUUCCUCUUAUCGUGA